AUGUCAAACAAUACUCAGGAAAUAAUCCUAAAUGUUCAAGAGCAUCUACAGAAGGUUGACAAUGCUGAGGUUGGAGACCUCGACGACAGGCUUAUUGAUCAAUUAAUAUCCUUGGUGACUAUUGACAAAUCGGUUUAUGAAAACAAAGAACUCAUCAAGGAAUUGCUAGUGAUUGUCGUGAAAGUCCUUCAUAACACAUCCAUUGAUAUUGACUUCAACAAGCUCAUUGAGCUUCUAGAUGGUUUGUUGUCAAGUUUGGAUUUUGAAAGUGUGGUUGAGCUCUUCAAACUAUCUUCCAUAGUCGAGGCUCUUAACUCGCCAAAUGAAAAUCUCCAGAUCCUAGCUCUCAAGGUUUCAUCAAAAGCUAAUCCACCAGAUAUCAUUUCCAACACUGAAAUUGUGCCAAAGAUUAUACAUUUAUUAGCCACAAAAGAAAGUUCUAUCAAAGUCGUCAAUGAGGUUGAAAAGGCGCUUGGUGCAUUAGUCAGAGGUGAAUUGAUAAGAAGACGUCUCUUGAGUGACAGUGUCAUCUCAGUUUUAUCUAAUAUGAAAUCUUCAAAGGACACUACUUUGAAAACAAGGUUGUUGGAUUUGGUUGUCCAGAUGUUGCCUUUUGUGAAGGAGGAUGAGUUACCAGAUGGUCUUUACCUAUUUUCAGAUUUUACCACAGAUAAUGACAUUCUCUAUACCUUGAGCUUGAUUCAAUUUUAUACGCAAAUCAUAGAGAUCGUUGACUCGACACUUAACAAACAAUGGCUCCUCCAGAAGGUUUUACCAGAGGUUCAACUCAUUGGGAAAUUAUAUUUUGAAAGACAUGACAACCCGAAUGUUGAAUAUUUUGCAUUAACUGAUAUAUCCCUGUUUUUCAAAAAGUUGUCAUUUGUGUCACCUGAAACGUUCAAGCCGAUUGAUCAAAGCUUCAUAAAAUUAACCCAUAAUGAUAAUUUUUUACUUUCAAGUAUCAAUCCAUCUUAUUUGGCAAUUGCUUAUCCCACCCUACUCAAGGGUAUAAGACUAACAGCGGAUACCGUCCCUGUAUUUAGAAACUUGAUCUCAGAUGAAUCCAGUUUUCAUUUGAUACAGCCUGAAAUCACCACAGAAAAGUUACAAAGAUUAUCGUACCUUGAAUUUGUUGCAGUUUUAAAUAAGCUUUCACAAUUCCAAUACAGUGCAAAGUACUUGCUCCAAAACCUUCCACAGAUAAUGAACAAACUUUUGCAAGGUGGAAAUGUUAUCGAGCCAGAAAGUUUUCAGUUGAGAAAAGAUACUAUUGAAAAAUUACUAGCUUAUCCUGAUGAAGACUUGAGUGUCUGGAAAGAAGCACUAGUGGGUGAGCAAUACAAGCUGACACAUGGGGCUCCAAUGAAAAUCCAGUCACUAGUUCAUGAUGGUACUAUAUAG